CCUGACUAGUUUCACCUCCGAAUUCUUCCAGGGCUGCACGAAUUGCAGCGAGCUCGGCGCGUGUAAUAGUGUUAGUGCAGCCAAAUCCAUUUGGGUUUACGUAGACCACACGGUCUUUAUGCCAAGCACAAGCCCCAGCCACUUGUAGUUCUCUACCGUUUUCAGUUGUUAUCUUGGAUACCGAGCCAUCGGUCCAUACAAUUUCCUCGGGGUUGUGGGCCAGCGGCAGUGUACGUUGGAAUUGUGUCCGAUUCAACCUCGGUGUCGCUGGAGCUUCGUCAGGCGUGACCAUAGUGGCAAUGUUCUGGGGCACGUCAGUGCCGAGUCCAGGCUCCAUCCCAGCUGUGCCUGGGGAGUCCAGUUCUCCGUUCGUCCAGGUGGCGAGUCGGCGGCAGAGCGGGCUGCGCACAACGGCUCGGACGGUUGCCGAGGGGAGGGACGUCUGGUGCUGUGGUGCCGUCUUAUGAUCAGUUUGCCCCGGGUCGCGCCGGUAUCUGUGCAGCAGGGCAGCCACCGCCUCCUCGAAGGCCUUGGUCCGGUUGUUGCUGGUCCGGUUGAAGCUUUCCCAGAGCGUUUGAAGGCGUGCGUAGGAGACGAGUCGACCUCGAUGAAAAGAGGGCCGCACGUGGGGCAUGUGUUGUCUCGAAUGGCCCGGGCGCAGGAUGGCCGCCAGCUCCUGGCCAUCAUUAUCCAGGUCGUAGGUGCUGCGGCGUCGACAUCCAUUGGGUCCUCAGCGGCGGCCGCGGCUGGCUGCCCUUGGUGGAGAAGGCUUUCGUCUCCAUUUGUGAGGCGCAUAGCCGUGCUGAUUGCGGCUUUAUCACCGGAGUUUCUCGAGCUCCCGGGUGCUAAUCAGAUGGCGGCUCGUAUUGCGGUCGACCAAGUGGCUGAAUUCGAGCUGGAGUUCCGCGAGCGGGAGCACGUGUUCGACAGGGAGGGGUGCUGCCGCACGCGCUGCAGCUGCGGCGUCCAAAGCCUCGACAAUUGACCAGGUAGGGGUGGUAUACGGUGUGCCCUUGUAAAAGAGCUGUAUACCAUGCUCACGAGCGAGGGUCAUCUGUUGCAGAGUUGUGAAGAAGCGCCCUCUGUCUGCAGGUAGGUGGUGUGCGAGGCUCGUACCCGCCAGGCUAUGCUGCCGUGGCAGGAGGGCACGGGUAACCACGCCCAGUCGGCCUGUGUCGUUUAGAGCAAGGACAAGCGCGCGGUUGGCCACACGCGCGUACUGGGGUAAGAGUGAGCCCAGUCCUAGGCCAUAUUCAUCGAUUGGGAGAAGGGUGGUACGGGUAGGGAAGCUGCGUGGCAGCCCGUAGCACCGUUUUGCGUAACCGGCCAGUGCAGCGUCAAAGUUUGCGAUGUCCUGUUUCGUGUAUGGCAUCGCAGCAAAUGCAUAGGCGAUUGAGGUGUGGACGCAUUGCUGCAGCAUGCGUAGGCGUUGUGCCGGCGUGGCCAGUGACGUGGCUAUGGCCGUGCCCUUUUCUUUCACAGUUUCCGUGACGCGGGAGACUUGCGCCUUCCAGUCUAGUGAGAAGGUGAGUUGCACCCCCAGGUAUUUGUAGGGUUUUGUGGGCGGGUAGUACGGUACAGUGGUGUUACCAAUUCGUAGCUUGUUAGUCAGUUCACGGUGCAUCGCGUUCAGCGUGGUAUGGCCGGUGGGUCCGUCGAGGGUCGGGGUGGACCGGGACUUGUUGUGCCAGAUGGCGGUAGCUGCGCACUUGGUGUGAUUGACUCGCAGGCUUGCCCAGUCUGCAUAGUCCGAGAUUUUGUCACAUUGGAUCUGCAGGUCUUCCAGCGUUGUGGUCAGGGCCGCCAAGUCGUCAGCGUACGCGGCGGCGCUGCAGUGGUACCGUGCAUUGUCCUCCGGGCUGAGGCAUCCGUAGCGGUAGCCCCGCCCACCUGCGUGGAGCCACCGCACAAGCGGUUCCAUGAACAAGAUAAACAGUACCGGUGACAGGGUGUCACCUUGCACCGUGCCACGUUCUAUUGGGAUGGCGGAUGUGCAUCCAUGUUCAGUACGAAUGCGGGUGGUGGCGUGCGCGUAUAGGUUGCGGACUGCGCGUAUCAGGUCGUCAGGCAGGCCCAGAUCGAACAUAAUCUGGAGUAGCCUGUCCUGAUCGAUUGUGUUAAACGCAGAGCUGUAGUCAACAUUCACUGCGUAUACGUCUUUCCCAUACAGGGCAGCGUCCUCCAGUACAUGCACAAGGUUCAGUAUCUGCCGUUCCGUGUUGCAGUAGGCCCGGAAGCCCUCCUGUGAUUCGCUGAACAGCUGGAGUGGGCCUGCCAGUUCACCGAUGCCCAGGGUGAGCAUAGAAGUGUACAGUUUAUAGCAAGUGUUGGCUAGAGCGAUGGGCCUCUUGUUCUUGAUGUCAAGAGCGUCCCCAGGUUUUGGGAGCAGGACCGUGUCUGAAGUGGCCCAGGACUCCGGGAUUGUGGACUUGACGUACAUGAUCUUCAGUGUGUUGUGUAGGGCUCGCUUCAUGCCGUGAGGCAAGAUGCGGAGCAGCUCGUUCGGAAUGCCGUCUGGGCCCGUGGCUUUGUUACGAGAGAGGUGGGCGAUACAGUGGUCGAAGUUGGCGGGGUCUGCCAUGCUAGAAAGCAUGGAGUGUGCUUCCGGGUGCCUGUUACGCUCAAGCGUAAAGGCGUCCGUAGCGUUAGGUAGUUCGAACGGGUACCCACGCGUUGCGCCGGGCGACAGGCGAUAUUCGCCUGUGCGGGGCCCUCGUGGGGGUGCUGACAGUUUGCGGAAGUGCCCUUCCAGGGCGGUUAGAAUGCUGGGAGGGUCGGUUACCACCUCGCCUGUUUCAGGGUUGCGGACCGCGGGGAGGCCACGUUCGGUUGCUUCUUUCUGAAAGAUGCGUUUGUGCCCUUGCGCAGGCCUGGUGGCGAGCGUGUGCUGGAGGGCAGCGGCAGCAGCUUCACGCUGCGCUUUGGCUCGGUCCGCCACCAACUGGCGGUGUUGGGCUUGGCAGUCCUUUAUCUGACCUCGUAUGGCGGCAGCCUCUCCUUCCGUUGUUGUGUCUGGCGCUGCACCGCCGGCUGUCAGGUUAGUGAGGGUUUGCUUGAGUUCCACCUCCUUGUCCCAUAAUGGUUUAAGAUGUCGGGCAGCUGACCGGGAAAGAUGGUGUUUCCCGGUGAGUGGCGGUUUUAGUGUGCACUCUUCAAGUAGGCAGGUGAGGCCGUCUUCGAGAGCCUUGCCUAACCGCUCAGCCAACUGGUUCACGUCGGUUUGUUGUACAAUUCUGUUGUGCGCCAAGUCCCAUUGCAUUGUAUUUGCCGGGUAGGUGGUUGGGUUUUUAGUGUGCUGUUUUUGUUUUAGAGCAUUGUCAAUCACCUGCACCGCGCCCUUGCUGGCAUUGUGCAGGUCUGCCGUGGCCUCGACCAUUAUGUCCUCCAAGUGGGCGGCAGCGGCGGCCAGCUGCUUCUUGGUGAUUGGAAGCGUCACGCGAGACCAGCGUGGGCUGUCUUCAGAUGUUGUUGCUGGUGGCGCUGCGGGCUGCGGUGCUUCCCAUAGGUGCAGCGCGUCAGCAGGCAGUUUUACGUGUACAGGUUUAUGGUCAAAGUUACCCGCGACUGUACUUACGUGCUCGUGUGGGCUGGGGCACGCGGUGAGCGUUGUCGUGCACAUGAGUAUGUCAUCUAUGCGGCUGCGGUGCGUUGUGACACCAUGUUGUGUUUGUUCAUAGGACCAUUCGCCCUCUGUGGUCAUGGUGCCUCGUGCGGGUAAUAAGCCAGUUUGUGCCAGAAAGCGUUGGUGUAG